AGCCUUCCGAAACCUUAACACUAGUAACCCUUUUUCCUUUUUCAGAAUCCAAUGCAACAUUGCCAUCUUGUGAGCUGAGCUGAGCUGGGGACUGUUGCUCAUGGCCAAAUAUCCUCAAAUUCAAGAUCAGGUCCAGGAGGAGCUGAGCAGGGUGGUAGGAAGCCGUCAGGUCCGAGUAGAGGACAGGAGGAACCUGCCGUACACUGACACUGUCAUCCGUGAGACACAGAGAGUGGCCAACAUCUUCCCCCUCUCCCUGCCUCACAAAACCAGCCAAGACGUCACCUUCCAGGGCUUCUUUAUCAGAGCAGGGACCACUGUGUUUCCUCUUCUUACUUCUGUCCAUCAUGAUGAGAGUGAAUGGGAGAGCCCAAACUCUUUUAACCCUUCCCACUUCCUGGAUACGGGGGGUAAAUUCAUCAGGAGAGACGCCUUCAUGCCCUUUUCUGCAGGACACUGGGCGUGUCCUGGAGAAAGUCUGGCCAGGAUGGAGCUGUUCCUCAUCUUCACUUCCCUCCUCCAACGCUUCCGUUUCACUCCUCCACCUGGAGUUAAAGAGGAUGAUCUGGAUCUGACACCAGCUGUGGGCUUCAACCUCACCCCUUCACUUCAUGAGCUGUGUGCCGUCAGUCAUGAGGGAAUUCAAAAUUAGUAGAUUACAAUAAUAGCAGACUAUCGUAAUUGAACUGCAUCUUACAUAUAUUUUAUGGAGUGGUGGAAAUACUCAUACAAGUGCAGUGAAUCACAAUCCAU